AUGUCACUCCAAUCUUUUGAUCAAUCGAUAGCAAUUAACAUAAAGGUUGUUUCAUUGAUAGAUCAAGUGAUAAAAGGAUCGAUAUAUACGUAUUCAUCAUCCAAUGAAAUUUUGGUUUUGAAGACGAGUACUGAUAGUAAAGAUCAACUGCAUGAGAAAAAUAGUAAUAUAUCACAAACUUAUAGAAUUAUAAAUACUUCAUUUAUCAAAAGUAUACAAGUUCUACCACCAUUUCCAAGUAAAAGCGGUAAUAACAAACGAAAUAAUAGUAGUAUUCAACAAAACAAAAAUCAAGAUAUAGAAAAAGUUAAUAUACAACCUAUAAACAUAGAUGAUUUAAAGCACUUUUUAAAAGAAGAAAUUAGAAAUUAUGAACCUACACCAAUCAACUUAGAGAGCACAACACCACUGCAAGUAACGAAAUCAUUCAAAAAAGUACCAGCGUUGCCACACAAACAACCACGACUUAAUGAUGAUGGAAAAACCAAUGACAUAGCAACUAAUAAUCAACAUGAAACAAUCAAGUCUAAUUCAAAUCCUACGGACGGUACACUAAAUCAAAAUAAAUCAAUAGCAUUAAAACUAUAUCAUAAAUUAUCCGAAAAAUUGGGUGUUAAAAAUGUCAAAAUUAAUUCAAAACAAAAUGAAAUCAUUGUUUAUAAAGAUAUUAAGAUAACAAAACCUUUUACGAAUACUUCCAAAAAUAUUAUCAUCUUAAAUAAGAACUCCAAAUACUUGUUACAGUUUCAAAAAAUAUUGAAACAAUUUUGGUUAGAUAUUGAUAACGAAAAAAAAGGUGGUUAA